GGAUGGUUGAGGUUUCUCCGUACCAGAUAGACGGCUGAAGGUCUCGUUCCCCAGGGUCAUUUAGUGUUUUCGACUUUGCACAUUCCGAUUGGACGCGCCAAUAUGAGUACCAAAACACUGGUCGUUGGCGCAGACAGAGAGCUGUCGCCUGGUCGCGUGGAAGCUGGUCCUGUGCCGAAACCGAGUGACCAGGAACCCGCUAUUGUUCACAAUGAGGAGAGCCAGAAUCUCUCGCGGAGUCUGCAGCAGCGCCAUACGCAGAUGAUUGCGAUCGCCGGUGCGAUUGGAACGGGUCUUUUCCUUGGCCUGGGAGGAUCAAUCCAAACAGGCGGUCCGCUGGGUGCAUUGCUAGGGUACUCGCUCGUAGGGCUGGUCGUGUGCGCCAUCCAGAUUGCUCUCGGCGAAGUCUCGGCGCUCAUGCCUGCGACAGGCUCGUUUGUCCGUCAUGUGGAGAUCCUGAUUGAUCCUGGGCUAGCAUUUGCGAUCGGUUGGAACGUCGUGUAUGGAGCUUACAUGUCGGUUCCGAGCGAGAUCGCAGCCUCGGUUGUGCUGAUCCAAUACUGGACGGAUCUGAACGCUGCUAUUUGGAUCACAAUCCUGAUUGUGCUAUCGGCAUCGAUCGCUCUUCUUUCGGUACGAGUAUACGGCGAGAUCGAGUUUAGUCUUGCAGUGAUCAAGGUCCUGUUGGUGAUUGGUAUCAUUCUGAUGGGGCUGGUCAUCGAUCUGGGUGGCGUGCCGGGUCAGGAUCGUCUGGGGUUUCGGUAUUGGAAGGACCCCGGGCCGUUUGUUGAGUACAUCGCGACAGGGUCAUGGGGUCGCUUCGUUGGAUUCUGGGCUGUCAUGACCAACGCCGUAUAUUCCUUCGCAGGCGUGGAGAGUCUGGCGAUGGCUGCUGCAGAAAUGCGCAACCCUCGACAGAAUAUCCCCCGAGCGUGCAAGAGAGUGUUUGUACGGGUCACGUUAUUCUAUUUCCUGGCUGUUCUAAUCGUGGGGAUGUUGGUGCGCAGUGAUGAUCCUCGACUUGGAGACGAGUCGGGAACUGCAGCACAGAGUCCCUUCGUCAUUGCCGCGGUGCGUGCCGGCAUCAAGGUGGUGCCAUCGAUCAUCAACGCCGGCGUGCUGAGCUCGGCAUGGUCUGCUUCGAACCAGAGUAUGCUGGCGGGGACUCGAACAUUGUAUGGAUUGGCUUUGAAGGGUCAUGCCCCGAAGAUAUUCUUGCGAACGACGAAGGGCGGCGUUCCGUACGUGUGCUCAGCACUGCAGAUUGCAGUUUCAUGCUUGGCCUAUCUCAGUUGCUCCAACGGAGCCUAUACGGUGUUCAACUGGUUCCUGGCGUUGACCUCGGCGGGAGUUCUCAUCUCGUGGAUUACGAUUGCAUUCAACCACAUCCGAAUGCUGAACGCCUUCAAGGUUCAGAAAGUAUCUCCGCACAAGCUGCCGUGGCACAAUACUUGGUCUUUGUACACCUCGUGGUUUGCCUUGAUAAUGUGCCUGAUCUUCUUGCUCACGGGAGGUUUUGUCGUGUUUACUCGAGGGAACUGGGAUCCAUCAUGGUUCGUCUCAUCUUAUCUGGACAUCCCACUUGUUCUGUCGUUAUACCUUGGGUACAAGUUCAUCAAGAAGACCAAGCUUGUUUCGUUGCACGACAUUCCGAUCGGCCAAGCGCUGUACGAAGCUGAGAAUGACGUUGAAAACGAGCCAGUCAAGACAAGCAAGUGGUCUCGGUUUAAUAUUAUCUGGGGAUAGAUCGAAGUUUGUUGACACGAUAGUCAAGUAUGAGGCGAAGAAUCGCACAUAGUAUUCUUAUUUAGGUCGCAGUAAUGAUAUAUAUAG